CGGAAUGACCAAGAUUAGCUGAUCCCUGCAUGACUCCAGCAGCCUGGGCAACCGGCCACUGAGGAAGACUACUGGGGCAGCAUCCCCUGGGGCUGCCAGGCCACUGCUGUUCCACCUGACUACUUCCUGAUUACCUGCCCCAAAGGUACUUGCAUUAUUACAUAGAACUACUGCUUCUCCAUCACAACUGGUGAUUUAUACAGUUUAAGAGAAGAGCUGUGGGUCAGGAAAAUGGCGGGGAGAAGGGAAGGAAAGCAAGCCGAUUCAAGAUACUGGCUGUUUCACAAUGUUAUUAUAAGCGAAAUAGUUAUAUAGUGGAGCUCCAGGAGUCAGUUCUGGGAAGAGAAGGGGCCUAGAAGUGACCGUUUGUUUGAUUAUUUUGACAUAACAGCAGAGAUCGGAUUCCAAAAGCUGCUUAUGCCAAUGAAAACCCCAGCAGAGAUAUAUACAACCACUGGGGUUACACAGAUGUCUUUCUUUUUAUGUAUGGCGGCCUCUUCAGGCCUGUGGCAGUUGAUGACAUAGUCUGGAUUCUAGACCCCUCCCUAUAGAGCAGUGGUGAGGGACCUAUGGCCUUCCGAGAUGCUGCUGGACUCCAUCAACCCCAGCCAGCAUGGCCAAUGAUCAGGGAUGAUGGGAGCUGCGGCUCAACAUCUGGAGGGCUAGAGUUUCCCCCACCGUGGCUGCAGGGAGAGGGAUUUGCAGGUGGACUCGGGGUUGGCCUGGGUGAUCUUGAGGUUGUUAACCCACAGAAGCAGCCGUUCAACAGACGGGAGGGCCCUGCUGGACCACUUUCCCCUGAGGUGCAGCCUGAUGGAACUGCUGCCAACGGAGGCAAUGGGAAACUGAUAGCUCUGACUUGGUCCGAGUUGAGUUGAUGGGGUAACCACCUGGCUAGGGGUCUGGCUGUACUCUCUGCUUCUCAGACCCAUCCAUCUGGGGAAAGGUGGUAGCCUUGUUUAAGGGUUACUGCCAGAGGCAGGAGUGACAUACCUUUUGGGGUCCGCAGGCACCUUGGCAAACCACAGUGAAGCACACAGUUCAAUCUGUUGGCAACCUCUGGCUUGAGGCAAUGCUGAGCUUUUUAGGAGAAGGGUUGCUUCUGCUUCAAUGCUUUUGCUGUCUUUUAUUAUCUGCUGUUGAUUUUUAUUGCUAUACAUUGUAUUUCUAAUACUUGCAAGUCACCCAGGAAAUAUUUAUUGAGGGGAGGAUAUAAACCAUUUAAUAAAUAAAUACUUUGGUCUAGGACAUGCUUUGCAAGCAAAAGAAUAGCUAGGUCUCAUUCCCAAUACCUCCAGUUGAAAGGGUCAGGUUAAUAGGUGCUUACCUCUUCAGACCUUGUAGAGCUGCUGCUAGUCAGAGCAGACAUUACCAAGGUAGAUGGGGAUCAGAGGUCUAAGGUAGCUUCCAAUGCGCAUUAGGUGAAUCCAUGUAUCUCAGUGACGGAGUACACCCUUUGCACUCAGAGAGUCCUGGGUUCAGUUACUGGUACCACCUGGUAGGGUUGGGAAGGACCCUGGACCAGGCGAACUGCUGCCAGUCAGUGUGAGGAAUAUUGAGCAAACAUGACAGUUAACUUAAAAUGACAGUAACUUUACAACUGUUAAAAAACUUACCAUUUGCCUUUUAUUUUCUAUCAAAUUUGAUCCAAUAAUUCCAAGAAAUGACCCAAAGCCAAGCUGAAAGGCAAGGUUUUAAAAAAUGUUUUAGAUCUUUUAGAAGUCAUCCAUUUUAACCAUUUAGCACAGAUGCAGAAUUAGAAACCAGGGUUGGGGGGGGGGGAGACCACACACCACAUAUUCAGUCAGAAGCCUUAAAAAUCUGAGGAUUUAAAAAAAAAACCAAAAAACCAGAAUCACCAAAAUAUUGCAACAGUAUUCCUGAUUUUUACCAGUGGAAGUAAAUCACGUAAUAAAGAGGAGCUUUUAGAAAUUAGGCAAAAUGCAUGCAAAAAUAAUUUUUAAUGCAGGUUGACAGCAAUAAUGCAGCAAUGGUCUUACAAAUGCUUGACAUAACUGGAGUAGCCAGCUGAGGCAGACUUCCAAUUGAGUCAAGGACUUCUUAUUCAUACAUCUCUUAUGAUACCUGCUUAAUAAAUGUAGUUGGCAGGCACCACCAAUCUCAGAGCCAUCACAUGGAUCUGGCAGUAGCAUAAAAACUAUCCCACCACUGGCAGAAUUUUUGGCCUUUUUUCUGCACCAAAGCAACAGCUAUUGCUACCCAUGAUGCUGCUUCCACAGGAGGAUGAGAACAGCUUUAAUCAGCCCAGCUACACAAGCUGUUGUUUACUGGGAACCCAGAAAGACAGGCAUGCCAGGUAUUAGGGGCAACACAGCAGAAGAGAGCCAGGUGCUUGCCUCAAACAGCUCUUCUGAUUCUCAACUUUGACCUCUGGGUGCAAGAGUAGGAAAGGAUGAGAUUGUAAAUAAGAGGAGGAUUCUGCAGACCUCUUUGCAGAAACUAAUAUGAUCAUAACAUGGUUCAUCCCGUUCUAUCCUCUCAUCAAGCAAUAACUUGCAUGCAUAAAUGUGCAAUCACUAGUUAAUUGUCACAGACGGUUUUCAUACCAGCCAAGGAAGAAAUGCUUCCUCGCUUAAACAGUUCACACGUGUCUCGAUGAACGUAAACACAUGACGUAUGUGCACGUGUAAACCAACCUGUUGGCACUGACCAUGUGCUGAUUAGUAAACACCACUGCUACUUGAGGAUUAAGACUUCAGGGUGGCCAAGAUCCCUCCAGACAGGUGCAACCUUCCGUUCAGUGAGUAGUGCAUGAGGUGACUUAGUGCAAGUUGCUUAUUCACCCCAAUUGUGAUGGGGUGCCUUGCCUUGUCCUCCUCUCGAGUUAGUGAUUAUGGAUGGGGGCGGGAAGAAGAAUUCAAUGUAGCACUAAGUUCAAGUCCCUUAGUGGUGCACUAGUUGCGCGAGCAUAAUAUUUGACACAUGAUAUGGUGCAGCAAGCCAGCAUGGUUCUCAUGGCUAAUCACAGAAUAGACUGCUGUUGCCCCAAUACAUCCUGUUGCAUAACAAGCUUCUGCUAGUGAAACUGUUGCAUAGGACAUCAUGUUAUGCAACCAUUAUUCUCACCCUUGUACUAGCACACCAUCCUUGAUCAGAGAACACUGAAUCCAGAUAUGGAUUCCAUCUGCCUGUGCAUCUAAUUACCCAUUACCUGGGUCAUUUGCCGGUCACAGUGGUUGCUUAGUGAGCUGUCCAUCCACCAGAGCGUAUAAGUGCCAAAAUGCUCUUAAUGGAAUAAAUUAGCAAAAAGCCCAUGAUGGAUGACAGAUGGGACAUGAUUGAAGGAGCGAAGCGUUAUUAAGGGCAGGGUAACCCUGUGUCAAGGGGUGGUUUUAUUUUUCUCUGUUGCAAAUGUUCUCAAAUGCGGCACCUCACUUCCCCAACCUCACUUCCCCCAGUAGCAGAUGUGGCAGGGAGGAAAAUGAGAUGUACUUGUAUACUAAGUUUACUCCUAGUGAUUCCAGCUGCAGGGGUCGGGAGUCAAUCAACUGAGAAUGAAGUUGCUUCUAUCUGCGCACAACUCCUUCCAGCGUUAUGUUGCCCAAUUAUGCUAGGAUGUGACAGAAUGGUGGCUCACUGUAUGGCAGGAGUGGAGAAUCUGUGGUCCUCCAGAUGUUGCUGUCAUCCCUAAGCACUGAGCUCCUGUCAUCCCUAAGCACUGGGCAGGAUGACUAGGGCUGAUGGGAGUUGCAAGUCCAGCAACAUCUGGGAUGUCACAGGUUCCUCUUCCCAGCUGUAAGCUGUGGAAGUGUUAUAGUACAGACAUACCUCAUGUUACGUUUGCUUCAAGUUGUGUCCCGCGUGACCCGGAAAUACCGGAAAGGGUUACUUCCGGGUUUCACCGCUCACGCAUGCACAGACGUGCAAAAUGACAUCAUGCUCAUUUGCAGAAGCAGAGAAUCUUGACCCGUGCGUGCGCAGACGCGGGUUGCAUUUUUUUCAGGUUGCGAACGGACCUCCGGAAUGGAUCCCGUUUGCAACCAGAGGUACCACUGUACAUGAAAGAUCCUUAAAACUGGAUGGGAUAACUUCCAGAUCUGUUUCUAUGAUUUUAUUAAACACUGGCAGGAAGUAACAGUGGACUUUAGAGUACUAACAGAUAAUAUUAUAAAGGAAUUAAACAAGGUGUUGUGUAAUACAGCUGUUUAACACAGGGGUCAGGAAUCUGUAGCUCUCCAAGCCUCAGCUGGAAUGCCUCAUGGUUAGCGUUGAGGGGAGCAACAUCUGAAAGGCCACAGAGUUCCCAUCCUUGAUUUAAUGCAUCAGUUUAUUCAGUAGAGUACUGAUUACAUUAGGGGCUGGUUCAUAUGCAUGGUUAGCAUGGGAACGAGACCUAAGCACGUAGCAAAAGCACAGAUACCCACAUAUAGCGCCUCCUAAGAACCUCUUUAAGCAUUCAUCUUUAUUUGCAUGCAGAAUGCUUACAUGGUGGUUAGCCCAAGGGCACCUCCAGACUAGGGUUUCACCUCCAGUCACCCAUGAAUGCAUUUUGCAACAUGUCAAUUAUCAUGCACUGGUGAUGGAUUCUGACUGGACCUCCCCAACAUCAUUAUGCUUUGGUAGUUCUUUGAUGCUUCCCCAACAUGACCACAUUACUGCCAUGUGGAGGGGCACGCCUGCGCUACGCCUGCGCAACAGAAACGGGACAAAGGAGCAUUUGUGGUAUGAAAAAUUACAGGACUUCAGCAGGAAGCCACAGUUCAUGCACCAGUUGAAACUGAAACUUUUGCAGGUGCAAAUCAGAUGAUGUGUAACUGCCUCAGCACCUUCAUGAGCCCAAAUCAUCAUGAAUGCUCAAUAAACAGAAUGUCUGGAAGGGCCCUAUAUCUGGUCUUUACUUACCAGUCAUUCCAAUUUGUUUGUGGGACAAAUUAUGAUUAUUGUUAUAAUUAUAAUUAUUGUUUUAAGACAAUGGGCAUUCAUCCUGACUUCCUUGUGGGGUGUUUACACAUCUUCCCACUAGUCAUUUGUUCAUCCCACACUUUUAAAUGCAUUUCCUCAUCGCUUUCCAAAUGACAAAAAUGUUAUGUUUUUAUUUUUAAGUGGGUUUCUUGUGCUAGGUUGACAGAGUGCCUUAACCCAUUUUAAGUGUGCCAACCUAAAGUUCUGAUGUCACUACCAGGCUACAAAAUCAGCUUACACUCUCUCUGAAAUGCCAAUUCAUAUAUACCGGUACAUUAGGAUUGCAGCAUUAGGCUUGCAUGUGUGAACAAGACAUUAGAGGUUUACAUGCCAGGGAGAUAACAUAACAAAGCGCAAAUGGUCUGCUAAUGGAAACAAUUACACAUUUAACUGUGAGAAAUAAGGCAAUGCAUGUAUGAACCAACCCAAAGUGUGCUAAGCUAAGAAACACUUGCUAGCUUGAUGGUUUCUUUCUGCAACCUAGAGAUCAGAGUGGAAAUGUCCACAGUCUUGUACUGUGUACUGACAUUUUGAAUCAUUCCAGCUGAAAUGAGAGUAUUUGCUGCGCAGCGCACCUACAUUAUCCUGCAGCCAAGAUUGCAUGGACUGACAUUUAAGGGGCCAGAGUAGUAGAUAUUCUGACUCUGCCCUUUUGACGGGAUCACUUUCCAACAUUCUGAUGAGAAAAAUGAGAGCAGAAAGUGUUUCAAUAUUAUAAGAGCAGAAUGAAGAUCCCUUCUGAAAAGGGUUGGUGUAUUCCACCCAGAAGAGAUACAGAAAAGAUACAGAGCAGGGGUAGGACAUUGCAAAGACCCAACUAUCUUAAGCAUGCACUGGGCAAAUCCAACAUUGGCUUUCUGAGUUCUCAUAUGUACUAAGCUAUCUCAGGACACUUUGCAUUCUGAGCCAGCUCGCUAAAAACAAAUCCAGAUGGCAGAGAUGGGCUACAAAAUCAGCAGAUAUAAGUUCAUCAGCAAGGCAUUCUGUGGGCUAAUAGAGACAUGCAUAGUACAGGACAUGCAACAUCAAAGGCAAACACGGACAAACAGUUCAGCAUAGAGAUUUAACACCAGAACCAGAAAUUUUUGCAGCACCCCACACCACACAAAUCCAACAUGUUUUCAUGGGAUUGGUUCACAUGUUCAGGUGUAAAGCAUCAAGGUCAUAGUACUUAAGGGCUGAGCAAUGGAGGCUGGUUCAUGCAUGGAUGUACCAGGCCACUGUCUUGUGUCCUCAGUGUGACAUCAGAGGAAUAGCUCACACAUAACAGCAGCAGAUUUAAGACUUGUUUGUGGGGCACUUGUAGCAUGUGAAGGGGAGGUGAAUGCCUCCAACUGGGUGCUGGCCUGCCAGUUAGCUACAGCCAAAUGCAGCUUCCAGUUACGUUUCCUCCAAGUGACUGGAACCAUCUGUGUAGCCUCCAUUAUUUUAUGUACCUCAUUAAGUGAGUAGGGGCAUAAAUAUGGCAGAUGAGCCUGCAGUAGUUAAUUGUGAAUCACACCUUGGUGCGAUUACAGACAUGGGUUUAGAGGCAUUUCUGCAUUUUCCUGCUUCAGAAAACUGGCCAGUAGCCCCAGGUGAACUUUCCUCUGCACUGAUGUUGCAAUUUUGGAAGGAGUUGAGCAUGCAUUCACUGCACAUCUGAAACCCACAGCACAGGCACAUAGAGGCUUUUUCCAUGGUGGUCCCUUUUUGAUCUCCUGGUGUCGAUCUACUCACCACCAAUGGAAGUCAAUGGGAGACUAGCAGAAAUACCCAGUUCUCACCAUUAGUUCCAGGUAUGAGCAUAACACUAGUUCACACUUGCAUGUGUGGUGUGGCACUAGGCUGCAGGUGUUAGCCCUCAGUUAAACAGCCACAGAGACAACUUGCAUAUGAAGUUGAGUGAAACACAUUGUCAACGGAGGUGGGUCACACAUUUGGUGGAUGAAGCACUAAGUGACAGACCAUGGACUUGUUAUGGGGCACAUGUUUCUCGCUGGAUAACCAAGGGGACCUUUGCAUGCAUAAGUGAGCCACCACAAGCCUAACACCACAGACAGAACAUCCAUAUCACUUCACUCGCAACACUACCCAGCGGAGUCAGGUCAGACAUUCAGCUACCAGCCAACAAGUGAACAGCAAUCUGUAGAGCAGAGAUAGACCCUCCAGAUGUUACUGAAUUCCCACUGUCACUGAACACUGACCUUGUUGGCUAGGGAUGAUAGAAGCUGGAGCCCCACAACAUCUGGAGGGCCACAGCUCCUUCACUCCUCCUAUCAGGGGUAGAUGCUCAUGUGUGAACCAGUCCCAAAUGAUUUGCCACUGAAUGUGACUCCAUAUGGAAACCAUUGGCUCAAGGGUGUUAUGGCCACACAUGCAAGUAAUCGUGUUGCAGUCACCCAGUGAUGAACAUGCAUGUGUGGACCAGGCCCCCAUCCCCAUAUUUAAAGCCAGAAGUAAGGAACUCGUGACCCCCCAUAGGAUGUUGGACUUUGAGGCCACCAGCUCCAUCCAGCAUGGCCAAUGGUGAGGAAGGAUGGAAGCUCCAUUCCAACAAAAUCUAGAAAGUCUCAAAGAAACAAAACAUUCAAUGAAGGCAGAAAGCAAAUGAGCAGAGAUUAACACUUAAGACAUUCUAAUCAAUUUGGAAGGUUUGUGGGGACUUGGGCGGGAGCAACACAGCUUCUUGACCUACCUAGGAGUUCUAUACUUACAAUAACCCCUGGGUAAUAACCUCCAACAGUCACAUUUUGCGUUCUUGUCGUGGCAGCAAGACCAACCGUAAGAAUUAACAGAGACACAAUGAGAAGAGUCACCGUUACGUAGAGGGAAUUUCUUUUUCUUCUAUUGAAAGACCCUAAAACACACACACAUAUAUACAUAUGCAAAAAAUGUGCUAAUUCCGUCAGUGUUGAGUAGCAAAGCAUACCCUCUCCCCAUAUGCAUCAUAUUCAGUUUCAGUUCUCUUGGUGGUAUCAUGAGAUACCAUAUCAAGAGCAUAGGAAGCUGCCUUAGACCAGGCCAGGCUACUGGUCCACCUAUCUAGCCCAGGGGUGGGGAAACGUUUUGGCCACCUGUCAAUCAUCUGACAUCACAGUGUUGUUGGGUGAUUAGCAGGUGGGUAGUCUUGCCCACCCGUCAAAUAUAACCUGUGUGGGUGGGAGGAAAUACUGUCCAAGGAGGAUUGAACUACAUUCUAAUGCAGGCUUCUAAGCUUCUCCAUCUGGACCUCAAGACUCUUCCCAGCACAUGCCUUCUCCCUGGGCCACACAUCUCACUGGCUACACACCUGCUUGGAAGGUGUCCUUGAAGUGUUUGCCUGGAUGGAGAAUGGAUAGAUGAGUGGGUACAGAAACCACUGGCUUCUUUGUGGCUAUACAAAGCUAAAAGCCACAUCUGUUGCCCCUCCCACCUCUUUGCCUCUGGCCCUGCCCAGCACUGGCAUGUGGCCCCCGGAAUGUUGUCCAUGAGGGCAAUGUUUUAUUGGACAUAUUGUUCCCAGGAUAUAACAACAGGAGAAGCAGGAAGCUCUUAAUUCCCACAAGAGAGAAUUCCCCAUUCGCAUAAUAUGCUUUAAACACUAUGAUUCCACUUUAAACAGUCAUGACUUCCCCCCAAAGAAUUUUGGGAGCUGUGGUUUGAUAAGCGUGCUGAGUUAUUCCUCCCAGUCCCAAUUCCCAGAGUUCCUUGUGAAGAGGGACUGAUUGUUAAAAGCACUCUGGGAAUUAUAGUGCCAGGAGGGGAGCAGGGGCCUCCUAAAAACUUCCAGCACCUUUAGCAAACUACAGUACCCAGGAUUCUUUGUGGGAAGCUGUUACUGGCUAAAAGUGGUACUACGGAGUUUUAAACUGAAAUAUACUCACGAGUCGAGUAGUAAUUUCAUGCUCUUUAUUUCAGCUCAUAGGAACAGUGAUUGAAUUCCCUCCCCCCAGCCUCAGGCUUUAUGUACAUUAUUUACACAAUGAGUACCGUCUGAUUGGUUGAUUAUGUUUCCCUCCUGGAGCCUGAUUGGGCUGCUGCUGCAGGCCAAUCAGUGGUUGCAUCCUAGUAUCCUACCGACUUAAUAGGCUGAUUAACUUCCUCCUGGGGUCUGAUUGGGGUCUCCUGCAGGCCAAUCAGGUUGUUGCAUUCUAGGAUCCUACCUGCGUAUUCUUCUAGGAUCCAAGCUUAGUACAUAACAUAUAUGUUGUUGUGAUUGUAGCCUAAGUCAUUGCACAAACAGAAUUACUUUUGCUCAGGGAACAGUGUGUCCCUUCUUCCUCUUCCACCCACAUCACCCCAGUCCCUGAUCUGCCCUGGGUUCUCCCAACCCUCUAGAAAAGAUUUGGGAACAGUGCAAAGUUGGUAAAGUUCUGUAGUGCGAGCAGAAGUUGUUCUGCUUGCACUGUGACUCAGAUAAGAUUCAACCCUAUAGAAAUAUAUAAAAGGCUGGCACACUUGCAAAUCCCCACCUAGGCAGUUCCAAGAGUUGAACUAAGGACGCAUGUUAUGGCCCUAAUCCGAUUCCAGCAAAGAAACAAACAAAUCUCGAAUCACCUUCCUGACAUCAAUAGCUUCUCAAGGACACUUUGCAAAAUACCAGGAGCAAUGGUAUGUGCUCAGUUUUCAGCAAGCCAGCCUAGUUUAUAACCCACCAAAGUAAUUAAUCCACCAGACAGGGCAGGUUAAUCAUUAUUUUUAAAUAAAUAAAUAAACCCAAUUUCAAAAAAGAAAAUUCUGUUAGGCAUCUUUUUAAAAUACCCUGGUUUAAAAAACAAAAUCUGAAAUUUAACAACAACAAAAGUUAAUGUCUGCACUUAAGGUUUCUUAAAACUGAAUCUGUGGCCCUCUGUGAAAUAAACCAAGUUAAAAGUCUGUUGAAUGAACCGGGCAAAAACUAGAAUAAAAGCUGACUUUUGCAGUGGUGUGAUUCAUGCAGAACAUUUUGAAAUGGAAGAAUCCCACUGCCCUAAACUCAAGGCAAUUUAGUUUAGCAUUUAGUAAACUGAUUUUUUUAAAGGGUGCUAUGUUAAUCUUACAUGCUGUAAACAAUAUAUAUAUUUUUCAAGUUACUGAAAUAAUCAUAACUUAGCUGAACAGAAAUAUUUAAUUAGGCAAAAGAAUUCAAUGAAGCACCACCACAGCGUGGUUUAAAUGUUACAUCCAAACCAAUUUGAGGCUUAACUUGGAAAUUAUUUUUAUUCUGAUAUUUAUAAUCAUUUUAAGACAGGACAACCCAAAACCUUACACUUCCUGUUCAUCAUGAGGUGCUGAGAAGUGGUAUACUGAUUUUUAGAAUGCCUGAAGAGCUGUGUGCAUGAAUAUUAUUUAUUUCAUUUCAUUCCAUGUAUUAAUUGCUUCCUAUAAAACACCUCAAAGCAAUCUAACAAUGAAAACACCAACUGGGGAGAGGAGGCGGACAAUUACACAUAUAAAGACAAAAUCAAAACCAACACAGAGCCAACUGGGAUAAAAAGUGUUCGGUUAAAAGUCUUGUUGGAAAAGGAAGGUCUUUAAAAGCUGCCAAAAAGACAAUAGAGAUGGCACCUGUCUGACAAGCAACAGGAUGGGGAAUUCCAAAGGGUUUGUGUGCUUUCUAGAGAAAGUCACCUUAAAAAGUUAAUAACCACUCUGAUAUUAGAUCUGCCAAGAAGUAGUGUAUCUACUCUAGUUGCCCAAUUUGACCUGCACUGCAUUUUUCACUGGCAGCAUUCAGAUGAUCAAAUCUCUGCCAGGAUAUGAACAUGCUCUAUGUGUCUACACACAGAUGCUCUGCUCUUCCCUUUGUGCAAGCAAGGAACCAUUAUGUCCAUGGUCUUCCAAAUGAGCAGGAAUAUGAAACCAUGGUAUAACGUCAGCACCCAUCUCUUGGCUUGCUUGUUUUAUUGUUAUUUAUUUAAUGGAAUUUGUAGGGUGCUUGGUUGUGAACAGAGCCUCUAAGCAGUUUACAAAAGAAUAAAACAAGCAUUAAAAUUAUCAAUAGAAGACAGUUAAAAAAAAAAAAACAGGAAUUGAAAAAUCCCAAAUAUAAUUAAAACCAACAAUAAGCUAAAAACAGGUUAAAGCACGUUUCCUUUUACAUGUCUGCACAGGCUUAACCACAAAAAAAUGUUUUUAGCAGGCACCAAGAAGAGUUCAGCAAAGGUACUAGCCUAAUGUCCUCAAGCAGGGAGUUUCAAAGUGUAGACACUGCUCCACUAAAGGACUGGUUUUUUGUUUUUUACAAGGGUGGAAUGAAUAUUAUGUGGCACCUGUAAACAGAGACAGCUCCAUAAUUGAUGCAAUUGAGUAGGCACAUACAGGGUAAGGUGAUUUCUCCAGUAAACAGGCACCAAGCUGUUAAGGGCUUUAUAUAAUAAUAUUAAUACUUUGAACUUGGCCUGGUAACAAAUGUGCAGCAACUAGCACAGGUCUUUAAGCAGAGGUGUUAUGUGCUGACAAGGUCUCAGUAACCCAGCUGCUGCAUUCUGCAGUAAUGGCAGUUUCCAGAUCAAACACCAUUGUUUGCAAGCCAUUAACUAAGAGGCUCAUUCCUGUCUCGGCUUAUUAAGCAGAGAUCUGAUUGUCUGCCCACAGCCAUUAUGUUACUUAUUAAUUUUAUGAAGCACUUGAUUCUGAGAACUCUCUUUGGAAAAAUACAGCAGCAGAAAAUGUUCCAUCCCACAUCGCUGGGCGUUUGAAGUCAAACGACUCUAAAUAUGACACAAUAAGUCGUGUAUAUUGCAUUGAUUGUUUGCAGACUAUGAAUAUUUAAUCCGUCAGCAAAAGAACGGGGCCAUUUACAUCCUAUUUCCUGCAGAGAGUAGGUGUCGUCCAGUAAUCACCAACUUUUGUCUCUAGAAAAUUCUGGGCGCUUAAGAAUUCUGUUCUGGGAGUGUUUGGUAUUUACAGGGGAGCAUCUAGGGAAGUCAAGACAGGGCAGGUAAAGCCCAGUUCGGUUAAGCAGGUCAAAUCACAACAGACAAGAUCACAUCAAGCAGCUAAAGUCUAGCCACAAGCAAGCACUCUUUGCAUAGAUAGCGAAGAAAAACAGGACCUUGGUUAGCUCCAAGUGUUAGGUAAUGAUUCCUUCUUCAAAAGCAGCUUGAAGAGUCGUCCAGGUGGGAAGCUAUUCUCAAAGGAAGGGCUAUGCAGGUUGCUAAUGUGGCUAACUCUGCCUCUCUAGAGCAGCUGCCUAGGUUCUUUAAAUGUUAUCAUGCUAUUUUCCUUUCUUUGACUUCUGCAAAGCUGGGGAAGUGGAGCAAGGGACUCAUCCUGUGAGCCUGCAAAUGGGCUGCGUAUUCUCCAGCUGGGAGUGCCCCAACUAGGGUGCUGAUAAUUUAACUCUAGAGAGACCUCCAUUGCACACUGCAAGGUCCCAGGAUUAGGGGUUACGGCAUUAAAUGCCGCAAAUAUAAAUAAACGUGGGACUUCCUUCAGAGAAAACAUAUUGGCUGUGAGUCCUGGAAGACCUGCUCCCUGCCUUGCAGGCUUUUCCUACCUGGCCUGGGAGGGCAGGGCCCUGACUGACUCCAGCUACAAAAGCUGAGGCUACUGAACAGACUCUUAUGUUGGGGUGUAGUUUGCUGGAGAAUUGUUGCUUGUGGUUUUUAUAUCUUUAUUUUAGAUCUUGUUGAGAUUUAUGUGGAAAUUGUUCUGUUUGUUUGUGUAUCUUCAUUUAUUUAUUUUUUAUUAACUUUGUAUACUGCCCUUCAUCUGUAGAACUCAAGGCAACUCACAGCAUAAAAAUACAAGAUAAAAACACAAAACACAUGAUAAAAAAACCGUAACAAGAAACUGAAACCUCCCUCCCCCACGCUGUCCACAAACACCUUAAAAUGGGGUAUAAGAUAUUAAUCAGCCCAAUGGCUUGUUUGAAUAGGAACGUUUUUGCCUGGCACCUAAAGGUGUAUAAUGAAGGCGCCAGCCAAACUUCCCUGGGGAGAGCAUUCCACAAACUGGGAGCUACUGCAGAAAAGUUCUUGUGUUGGCACACUCUGGGCCUCUCAUGGAGGAGGCACACAAAGAAGGGCCUGGGGAAAUGAUUGCAGGGAUCAAACUGGUCCAUAUGGGGAAAGGGUGUCCUUGAAGUACUGCGGUCCUGAGCCGUUUAAGGCUUUAUAAUUAAAAAACAGUGCUGUGAAUUGGACCCAGAAACAGUGCUGUUGGGCCAGAAUUGGUAUAAUAUGCUCAAACUGACCUGCAUCAGUGAGCAACCUGGCAGCAGAAUUCUGCACCAGCUCAAGUUACCAUGCCGUCUUCAGAGGCAGCCCUACGUAUAAGGCAUUGCAGUAUUUUAAAUGUUUUAUUUAUUGUUCAUGACUGCUUUUAUUAUGUUGUAGUUAUAUAUUGCUUUAAUGUUGUAAGCCACCUUGAGCGUGGUUUGAAUUGUGGAAAGGUAGCAUACAAAUAACAUUAAGUAGGACUUUGCCAUUGGUUUUCCAGGAAACGAUCUUUCCUAGUGUCCUUGCAUAUGUACAACGAACCAAAAUAGAGCUCCUUAAUUUUAUUGUUGUUCCCCUGCCUAAUUUUUUUCUUUUGAAGUGCAAAAGCCUUGUGGGCUCUAUCACAAGAGGUGUGGGAUUAUGAUCCUUGGCAAAAGAAAGGCUGUAUUCAGUCGUAAUCAUCUUUAAAAGAUCACAUAACUUUGAAGUAGGCAUUUUGAAACUUCAUUUAAACCUGCAUUUUCCCUUAGUGAUUUAAAUAACGGCCCAAAUCAACCCAUCCCCCCACCAAAGGCUUGAGAAACAAGCAUGCCAAGAAAGGCAAAAAUAAGGGGAAUUGUCAAGAACUUAGCGGGUGACUAUAUGUGACCAGCAGGCUGUAUUCAGGUUGGCGAGUCACAAAUUGUGCAGGUUUGCAUCACCUUCCUAAAAUCCUGACUUCCCAAGUCAGUGCAGGAAAUCCAGAACAGACUCCCAAUGGGUGGCCGUCCAUUCUUGAAAAAUCUCCUGUGAAGCACAGCCCACCAGCCCUCUAGAUCGGAGGUGGGGAACCUUUCUCAGCCUGAGGGGCAUAUUCCCUAACUGUGUGAGCCACAGUCCAGAGGUGCGCAGGGCCAGAGGCAAAACUGGACAGAGCAAGUGCUCUAAAUCUACACUCUAGCCUUCAUCUGGGCAAACAAGAAACACGGUUCGAGUUCCAGGACAUAUUCCAGCCAGGCAAAAAUAUUCCAGGAGGGUAAGAAAGGGGCAUGUGGCCUGGGAGAAACAUCAUUGGUCUGAUGUUCGCCAUUCCUGCUCUAGAUAGUUAGUUUCGUAGUUGCUCUAUCAAAAAGUUUCACCCAACACUCAACUAAAAUAUACCUUAGCACAACAUUAGAUCUAGCACUACCCUCUACAUAAGAGAAUAGGAAGCUGCCUUUUACUAAGGCAGAUCACUUAGUCAUCUAUCUCAACGCAGUCUGCACUGACUGGCAGCAGCUCACCAGGAUUUCAGGCAGAGGAUGUUCUCAGCCCUACUUAGAGAUGCCGAGGAUUGAACCUGGGGCUCUUCUGUGUGCAAAACAAAUGCUCUGCCACUGAGCUAUAGCACUUUCCCUCCAAGGCAGCAGAGAGAAGCAAUGCUUUGCCCACUGAGGGACUCAAACCAGUGACCUCCUGAGUGUAUUAGUGGCUGGCCGGCCAAAUACACACCACAGAGGUCCCGUAGUUCAUAAAGGCCCAUCUCACUUGCAUAAUACUCACAGAAGAGGAUUAGAAAACUUAUUGGAGGCUAAGACUAUCCAUGGCUACUAGCCAUGAGGGCUAUGCUCUGCCUUUAUGGUCAAAUGAAGUAAUGCUUCUUCAGCUCUGAAAAUUGCAAGAGAGGAGAGUGCUCUUGUUCUUGGGUCCUGCGAUUUGGCUCCUCAUAGACAUCUGGUUGGCCACUGUGAGAACAGGAUGUUGGAGUAGGUGGGCUAUUGGCCUGAUCCAGCUGUCUCUCCUUAUGUUCUUAUGCUCCCAGCUAAGAAACCUAAAUCACAUUGCAAAGCACCAAAUAAUGAGGCAUACCCUCCCUCAAAGAAUGGACUCAGGGUCCUAACCAGUUCUGCAUCUUGAACCUGCUUCAAGGGGGCCUGCCCAGCAUUCAGUUGAGCGACACACCCAUGCGCUGGCACAGGCUUCCAAGCUCACAUGAAAAGACUUUGCAUUUCACAUUUCACGCCCCCUCUCCUGUGGCAUCUCUAAGUCUGAAGAUUUACUCCUUUCUGAUGUGACCACACCAGUUGUGCUAUCAAGGCUAAGUACGUUAAAUGUGGGGAAGGCUCUUGCUGAUCUUUGAGAAAAGGGGCAUGAAUUCACAUUUGCAAGCAGCAAGUAGUGCCUCACAUUCUCCAAUAGGUAAAGGGUAAAGGGACCUCUGACCAUUAGGUCCAGUCGUGACCAACUCUGGGGUUGUGGUGCUCAUCUCGCUUUAUUGGCCGAGGGAGCCGGCGUACAGCUUCCGGGUCAUGUGGCCAGCAUGACUAAGCCGCUUCUGGCGAACCAGAGCAGCGCACGGAAACACCCUUUACCUUCCUGCCGGAGCGGUACCUAUUUAUCUACUUGCACUUUGAGGUGCUUUCGAACUGCUAGGUUGGCAGGAGCAGGGACUGAGCAACGGGAGCUCACCCCGUCAUGGGGAUUCGAACCGCCAACCUUCUGAUCGGUAAGCCCUAGGCUCUGUGGUUUAACCAACAGGGUGUGGCAAAUAAGAAAACCCAUGGCAAGGAAAAACCUCAUUCAGUUAAUUUGUUAAGAGAGGAGGAAGAACACAACCAGAUUAGCAGCAAGUUAACUCUGAACAGCUGAUUCGAUUUGUUAAUAUCCAAUAUGACUUCUUUCUUUUCCUUCAUUUUCUUUCUUUCUUUAAAAAACCCUUCUCUUCUGCAGUAUGUCUGUCCUGUUCCCACAACUGGCGUCAGAAGUUGGCAUGGUAGGGCAUCUGCCUUAAGACCACACAACAGAGGGGCAGCUGCUGACCCUUGAAUCUCUUCCCCGACCCUGAGCCAACUCCUUGCUGCUGCUGCUGCUGCUGCAGCAGCAGCUCCCUGUUCUUCUGCUGUUCUCUAAGUGCACAAGCAUUUCCAAAAGCAAGGACAGGUCCAUCACUCAGCGGCAGAGUAUCUGCUUUGCAUACAGAAUGUCCCAUGUUCAAGCCCUGGCAUCUGCAGGUAGGGCUGGGAGAAGCCCUCUCUGAAACGGUGGGGAGCUGCUGCCAGCGUAGACAUACUGAGCUAAGUGGACCCAAUGGUCUGACUCAGUAUAAGACAACUCCCUAUGUUUCUAACAUAAGGUUUUGCUUGCCUUGCUAUUUCUUUAUGCCCAGAGAUACAGACUGGGUCCAGAGGGAGAGGGCAAAUGAACAGGCGGUGGGGGGGGGGGGGAGAAGCAGGGCAGUUGCAAAGGCAGAUUUAGGGGAGCGUGACUGGUUUGGUCACACUGGGUGCAGAGCCUUGGGGGUGCCACAGCUAUGAUUUAGAAUACAGCUAAGGGUGCAAUAAGUUUGGCAUCAAUUUGGUGCUGAAUUUUGGCAUCACACGGGGCACCACUAAAAUCUAAGAUCCCAAGGUCCAUCACUGGCAGUUGGCCCACGCAAUCUGUCCCCAGGAAAUCUGCCUCCCUGACUUAAGGAAUUGUCAAGUUCUGCCCAGCAACGAGGCUUCUAUAUUCCAAAGCUUGUGAUAUAUCGUAUUAUUUCUGCAUCUUGUUAUAUCAAUAUUGCAGAAAUUCUCUUAGCACAAUCCUAUGCAACCGGGAUGGGGAAAUGGUGGCCCUCAAGAUGUUCCUGGGCUCCAACUCCUCUUAGCACCAGCCAGCAGGACCAACGGUCAGGGAUGAUGGGCGUUUGAAAUAAAUAACAAGGACAUAGGAAGGUACCUAUGAGAGAUUCAAACCACUGCUCCAUGUAGGUCACUGCUGCCUUUCCCAACCUGCUCCCCUCUAGACCGUUAGACUACAGCUCCCACCAGCCUCAACCAGAAAAGGUUGGGAAAGGCUGGUCUACAACGACUGCAGCAGUUAUCCAGGCAGGAGUAUUUCCCAGACCUACAAGCAAAUGCCAGGCUGAAUUGAGGCUCUUUUGCGUGGAAAGCACAAGUUGUACUGAGUUAAGGCUCUCCUCCACCUUGUUUUACAUGAAGCCCACCUAACAGGGGCUGAGGAAGGCUGGUCUACGCUGGCUGGCAGCAACCCUCCAGGUAGGAGUGUUUUGCAGCACUGCCUUGGGGUUCCCUGGGACCUUCUGCAUGCAAAGCAGAUGCUCUCCCACUGAGUUGCAGGCCUUGCUCCAAUAAAUGAAUGGAGCAGCAGCCUGGUGACCACACAUUCAGCCUACUCACCAAUAGGGCAAAUUAAAUCCUCUAAUAACACAAGGCCACUCAAUCAGUGGGGGGAAACAGCCCCGUGGCCUCCAGACCAAAGGAAGCCAAGUGAUACAAACCAAGGGUCUCCAAACAGCAAUAACCUAAACCUUCUCCAUACAACCCCCCUCCCUUAUUAAAAACAAACAAGCAGUGGCGAUUUUAAAUAGAAACGGUCCCAAGCUUCUCUGCUCAGGCAUGUGGAAAACAGCAAGGCUCGCCUUUCACCCGGGGCCUCCUCCACUCCCGUUGCAAGCUUUUAAAAAAAAAUUAUUUCUGGCCUUGAGCUGCAAUGCAAGCGACAGGGCUGCAGGUUGAGAGAGAGGAGCGGGCCUGGGGCGCGUGCUGCAUGUCCAGGCGAUCAGGACUUCCCCAAACGACCCAAUACCCACCCACCCCCGACUCUGGUUUUUGCAAAAAAGGGAAAAAAAAGGACCCAAAGAGUGUUGCGCAAAAGGCGGCACCCGUUUACACCCCGUUCCCGCGCGCGCUCCUGCCCCACUUGCUAUGGGCGCCCCUUCCCCAAAUCCACACCCUCCUUUCCUUUCCCCUCGGCGAAGAGGCGCCUCACCCACAGAAUCGGAGAGGGGGAUCGCGCUGGGGCGCGGCUGAGUCAAGGCCUGGCGCAUAGUGGCGGGCCCUCAAUGCAAGGUGUCCGGCGGGAGCUACCGGCCGCGGCGCAUCCUCCUGCGCUGCUCGAGGUUCAUGCUCCGGGCAACAGCAGCGGCUCCCUCCAACCACCAGAGCCGGUCUGUGGCGCUUGCGCAAACUGGAGAGACAAACCAACCAGACCAGCCCGCUAUAAAAUGUGGGCAGGGGGAGAGGAGAACCUUCCUGUUUCGCCACGGUUGGGUUGCAGGCGGGUUUGCUACCUGUCGUCCCGUAUAUUUUCCAUGCGUUAUUCGAUGCGCAAGAUUCCAAGCUGGGUGGCUCCUUUCCUUUUUUUAAAAAAAGAAAGAAAGGCGCAAACAUGCAGAAAUCAAUAGGAGAGCUCGAGAAAUCAUGUGGUAUGUGUGUGUGUUUUUAACCGAUUCAAGAACUUUUGCCGCGCUUGGCAGCCUGAUCCUAUACAAAUCGACUCGGAUGUCUCUCCGGGUUCCAUGCGACUUAAAAACCUUUGCCCGAGGCGCGUGUGCGGUCUCUCCAGGUUCCAGGGCGAGUUGCAGCAAACUAAAAAUUAGUUAUUAAAAACCAUCAAAACAAAUUGCAGCGUGGGUCCUGAAUGGCCCCUGGACUGGGGCAACUGAAUGCACAAAAAUUACUAAUCCUUGCAACAAGGAAAUGCCACUUUUCAUAUUAGUAGUUUACUGUUAGAGUAACGUGGUCAAAAUAACCUUAGAAAAACACAAGUGUGUUCUCAGCUCUUGGCCCUAAUGAUUAAAAAUUUCCUCCUUGAUUAAUUUACUAAAUUGUUGGUUGAUUUGUUUAUCAGUUGAGCCAAUUAAAUAUUGCUAUCCUUAUGAAACAACAAUCACCCAAAACUCUUAUUUUUCUUGGUGGUGAUGAUAAUAAAAUUGGCAGUACUAGUAGUAAUAAAUCAUUAUCAGGAAUGCCUCAGUGGUGUAAGAUUUCCUAGUUGGUCUAGCCAAGAUGGCCUAUGAAGUACUUCUCUUAUUACUUGAUUUUACAGUAAUUAUUCUUUUGGAACUUUGUGGCAUAGCUGUCAACAUUUCUCUUUUUUUAAGGGAAAUUCCCUUAUUCCGAAUAGGAUUCCUCGCAAGAAAAGAGAAAAGUUGACAGCUAUGCUUUGUGGGCCAGUGAAAAGAGAAGAUCUGGAUUUAUGGGGUCAUUUUGAGGAAAAACACAAUUAUUUUUAAAAAUAUUGUGAAUCUGCAAGUGGGGGUAAUUGGUUGCAGUACUUAUUUUUUUCCGUUCAUAAAUUAUUCUUUGCCUUCUUUUAAAUUAACGUACAUUAACCUUUUUUUAAAAAAAGCUUAGCUUUGGAUUUCAAACAUGCAAGUGUACUAAAUGUGAAUUAAUUACCAAGGCAUAGCCAAUGUCCUUUUUUUGUUCUUGAUGAUUAAUUUCUAAAAAGAGCAACAUUUGCAAACUCAAGCCCACCUAGGUAUUCUACUUUCUAAUCCCAGAAGUAUGGAGGUUAGCUGCAGUUACUCUGUAAUGGAGGAAAAAUGCACUUGGCACGUGAUCAGAGGCAUUCUGAUAAUUACGACUUUGCAUUCUCAACCAGAUCUACCAUUCAUCCACAGCUCAAAAGAAUUCGGCAUGUAAUGCUAUGCCUCAUUUAGUGAUAGGCACAUCUAUUUUGAUGCCAAAACGAAAGCCAGCUCACAUAUUUACUGAAAUGUUAUUCUUUUUUGGAGUUCAGCCAGCAGUUUUAAAAAUCCUUGGUUUUUGUGAUCAAGGGACACUGAGUGGGGCAAAGUGGUGAUAUCAUACAACCCUAACUAUGUCUACUCAGAAGUAAGUUCUAUCGGAUUCAUUGGGGUUUCAUUCAUUGCACUGAAAUAUGUGGGAUUGGGAUUGCAACCAUAACUGGGUUAAUUUUUGCAUUAGGACUGAGAUUGCCAUCCUACCCUGCUUAAAGUAAAAUCUAUUUCUUCCAAAUGUAAGCAGUUUUCUCCUUUUAAUUCUGUAGGAAGAGUAAAGGAUUUCCUGAAGACUGAAAACCCAUGCACGCUUACCUGAGAACAUGGAUAUGUGGCUAAGGGGCAAAAAAACGCCAAGAAUACUUAUUUAAUAAUACAAUAGAAAUCUAAAUUAAGAGUGGGGAAGGCAAAUGUCAAACAAAACUGAAACAAAAUUUGGAACCACCAAGUUAAACCAUUACAAUUUGUGGGACAAGCCUAGCUGCUCAGUCGUGUAUGCAUCUACUCAGAACUAAGCCCCUUUGGAGUUUGGGGGGGUUUACUCUCAGUUAAGUGUGUAUAUAGAACAGUAGCUUAAGUCUAUAGUCAUUAAUAAUAAUAAUAAUAAUAAUAAUAAUUACAAAGAAGUAGGAAAGUACAAGAUGAAAAAAGCAAAGGAAAGGAUAACAACAAAAUAUAAACAGCAAAAAUAAAAGUUAAAAUAACAACAGGGCAAAAAAAAAAUAGUGGGAAACCACAUUAAGAUUAAACCAGGGGUAGACAAUGUGGCCCCCUCUGAAUUCUCUUAAGCCACAAAUCCCAUAAUUCCUGGCGACUGAACAAGCUGACUAGGGUUGUUGGGUGCUGUGGUCCUGCAAAAUCUGGAGGGGACAACAGAGAUGGCAAAUCUGAGGGACUCCCAGAGUUGCAGUGGACAUGCUGGCUUGGGUUGAUGUGAUUCAGAGUCCAAAAACACCCAGAGGGCCACAGGUUCCCCAUCAUUUCAGAAAGCAGAAGAUUACCACAUGUUGACAAAGUUUCUUUGCAGCGAAUGUCUCUAUUGGAAACAGCUGCUGCCAGUUUAUAACCUGCUUUUUUCAGGUUGUGCCCAUGUUUGGAUGUGUCACUGGAAGAGAUAACAGUGGCACAUUGCCGCAGAAGAUCCAGUGCCUCAGGACAGAAGGGGGCAGAAGGGAGUCAAACAAGAUAUUGAAAUGAAACCUGGGCCAUAAACUACUGUAACACGACGCAGCUAAUGCGGACAGCAGCCUCAAACCAAAAUAGAAAACGUUUUGGAAAGCAUUGCAGAGGAGACGGUGUGUGUGUGCUGCUUCAUGGAGCAAUGCAGGAAAACAUGCUUCAUUGAGGGUGUAAUUCAUCUGAGCCUUUAAUUGCGACAGGAUAUUGUGUGUCACAGAAUGUCCCUAUUCGAAAGGACUUUCUUGUUUUUACUACUCUUGGGAGGGGGGCUAGGGGGCGGUGAGGAGUGUUUGACUUGGUGUUUUUAGGAAGAGCAAGGGAGGAGAACAUAGUGGGAAGUUAGUGUCAUGAUAAUAAUAAUAAUAAUAAUAAUAAUAAUAAUAAUUUAUUAUUUAUACCCCGCCCAUCUGGCUGGGCUGCCCCAGCCGCUCUGGGCGGCUUCCAACAAAACACUAAAAUACAAUAACCUAUUAAACAUUAAAAGCUUCCCUAAACAGGACUGCCUUCAGAUGUCUUCUAAAAGUCUGGUAGUUGUUGUUCUCUUUGACAUCUGGUAGGAGGGCGUUCCACAGGGCUGGUCAUUGGAAAGUUAGCAGAAUAAGUCCAUUUAUUUUCCCACCUCUGUCCCUAUUUUCCAGAGACAGGCUAAGAAUGACGAAAGCUAUCCCAGCUUCUGAUUUGAUCCUGGAAUGUCCCUAUUUUCCCUGGCUCUGCAUCUCGGAGCCAAUGUGUCCUGUGGGGCUGGUCCUUGGCGGCAGCAUCCUCUCCUCCUCACCUGCUUUCCAGCGGUUGCUAUGAGCUGCCCAAGGGAUGCGGCCAGCAGCAGAGACCAUGGAGAGGCAAUGGGAUGCUGCCUCACAGCUGCUGCAGCCGCUGACACCUGGGACAAGCGCCGGUUCAUCCUUUCUCCCAAGCUUGGUGGCAGCAGCACUUGUGGGGGAAAUAGGAACAUUCCAGGAUCAAAUCAGAAGCUGGGAUGGCUUUCAUAAUUCCAGACUGUCUCUGGAAAAAUGGGACAGUUGGAGGGUAAGUCAUUAAUAUCACCAGACCAACCUUCUCAGUAGUGGCUCCCUGCCUGGGUAAUUCUCUCCCCUGAGAGGCAUGCCAGGCACCAUCACUAUCUGCUUUUACAUGCCAGGCAAGAAACAUGCUUAUUCACUUAGGAUUUUGGACCCUAGAUUUCUGGUUGUCUUUCAGUGGGGUAGGGUCUCUUUCUCUCUCUCUCUGUAUUAUAUAUGUGUGUGUGUAUAGAUAUAGAUCUCCUGCCAACCUAGCAGUUCGAAAGCACCUCAAAGUGCAAGUAGAUAAAUAGGUACCGCUCCGGCGGGAAGGUAAACGGCGUUUCCGUGUGCUGCUCUGGUUCGCCAGAAGCGGCUUAGUCAUGCUGGCCACAUGACCCGGAAGCUGUCUGCGGACAAACGCUGGCUCCCUCGGCCAGUAAAGCGAGAUGAGCGUCGCAACCCCAGAGUCGGUCACGACUGGACCUAAUGGUCAGGGGUCCCUUUACCUUUACUUAUAGAUAAGCAUCUUAGGUUGUUUUCAUGCUUGCUUUUACACUCGUUUUCAGUGUUUUAUUUUUGAAAGUCUCUUUGAACAGAGAGCUUCCUGCAAAAAGCGACAAACAAACAAACAAGCACAUACGGUGGUGAUGCCUUUGCUUGUUGUGGCAGGCAUGUGGAUAAUGGGAUAUGUCCACUUCUAACCUGAUAGUGCCCCUCCAAAUUCCCUCUCCACACUGUCCUUCUUGGCUCUUCUCCAGGGAUCUUCAGAUGGUUCCUGGAAUUACGGGUGGUUGGGAAACUGACACUGCACGAACCCACCUCUGGCCUGUCUGAAGGCAAAGUGAUAAAUAUAGCGAUGUCGGACCGUGAAAGCAAUUUUGGAAGCAUUCAGACAAGGGGCCUCCCCAUGACUGACAGGGACAUAUUGGCACGUACAUUUCUGUCUGUUAAGAUCUGAUUAUUUUGUAACGCUCUAUAAACAGGUGAUCCUCAGCCUCCCAAGGCAGAAAGAUUUCCUUCCUGGCAAGAUUCUUGGUCUUUCCCCCUCUCUGGGAUUUUUCAUGCGAUAGGCUGCUUUUUACACGUGAAUGACUUCUGGUGGAUGAGGGCCUGAAUUCUUGUAUGGAAUCCUGCUGCAUGAUCUCAGUUGCCUGAUGAGAGCAAUCAGCUUGCUGGUCUCCUCCUUACAUGCUCCGUCUUCUCUGCAGUGUUGAAAAGCAAAACUCGUCACCUGGUGAUAGUCGCAAAGCCCUUGCUCCUGCUUGAUUUUUCUUUUUUUAAAAAACCACUGAAUUGGCUUGUGCAAUGGGAUUGCUGGAUAAUUCCAGGGUUCAGUGAAGAGACGUGACCUGCAUUAUUAGACCAGGAGUUGACAUCCUGACAUACUAACCAUCUCAUAUUUUUUCCCUUUUUUCCUUUUUUCACCAUGGAAGUGAACGCCACCUCUGGAGGUGCCAAGGACCACCCGCUCAACUAUCACCAAAUGCCAGUAAGUAAGCAACCCCUUAGGGUAAUGAGGAAUAGAUUUCCAGAGGUUCCAUCUGUGAGCAGAAUCGAACCCUUUGUUUCUGCUGUUGAUGAGCAGAGCAGAAGGUUUGUCCACACUCUCCUAAGUGUUGGAGGAAGAAAGGGGGAAAGUAUGGCCAUGCGUCAAACAAAGCUAGAUUUCCCCCCCAGGAGGAAAAGACUAUCCAGAUAAUUGAGAAUUAGUCAAAUAAUAAUAAGAAGGAAGGUCUGCAUGCAUGAAUUGGCUCAUUGAUGCAAAUAAUUAACUUGUCUGUCGAAGAUGAAAAAGAACCAAGCUCAUGGGAAAGUGCUCCAUCUGAGUGCUUUUAUUAGAACCAAAACAUCAGCUCAGAAUGGUACGUUCAGGACCAGCUCUACAGUUAGGUAGGGUGAGGCUGCUGCCUCAGGUAGCACAUACUGGAGGAUAGGAAGUGGUGGUGAGGUGCUAGAUAACAGAGCUGUGCUGCCCUCAGAGGUGGUGGAGGACACUCUUCAGUUGCCAGUGUCGAAGUGAGAUUAUUUAUUUCUUUAUUUAUUUAUACCCUGCCCAUCUGGCUGGGUUUCCCCAGCCACUCUGGGCGGCUUCCAACAAAAUAUUAAAAUACAAUAGUCUGUUAAACAUUAAAAGUUUCCCUAAACAGGGCUGCAUUCAGAUGUCUUCUAAAAGUCUGGUAGUUGUUUUUGUCUUUAACAUCUGGUGGGAGGGCGUUCCACAGGGCAGGUGCCACUACCGAGAAGGCCCUUUGCCUGGUUCCCUGUAACCUCACUUCUCGCAGUGAGGGAACUGCCAGAAUGCCCUCGGCGCUGCACCUCAGUGUCUGGGCAGAAUGAUGGGGGGGGGGGAAUCUAUCCUUCAGAUAGAUUCAAUGCUGGGCCAACUGGCUUCAGUACAGGGAAAUAGGAGGCUGCACCAUCUUGUCCAUCAUCUCAGGCACCACAAUGCCUUGGGCUGGCCCUGGGUACAUGGGGUUCCAGGGCACUUGACUGAGAGCAGCUUAGCAGUAACAGUACAACAGCACCUUGCCCCACUUAUGGUGGCACUUUUCCAUUCAGGGUACGUCAGCUCUGGUGUGUAUCUGGUGUGAUGGAGACAACACAUUGGGUUAGGGGCAUUAAAAUAUGUUAUCCAUUCUACUUGGGAUGCAACUAAAGGAAGGAGUGGUGUGUUUUUUGGAGACAGGGUUGACAUAGCAGAGGUGAUACCUAAACUAGCUCAGAGCCAUUUUGAGAAAAUGUUAUGGGAUGGGGGACUUAAUGCUGCCUAACUUCCUAUAUCUCUGGUUGUGAAGUUAGAAUGGUUGUGGUGAUGUGGAACUCUGAGAUCACCCAAACAGGCAAAAGAAUAACUUCCGAUGCCAAAAGGCAGCCUCUGACCCUUAGCAGAUGGCUUUCGCCAGUUGCCAUAUUUAGACAGGAAGGGAAUUCCUCUUCCCAAGGUCAUAUUGGCUAGUAACUGUAGGGUUUUUGUGCUUUCCCCUGCAGGCUCUGUCUUGGCUUGCUUCCACACUAGCAAUCAGGAACUUGGAUAGGCACCUGUCUUUUGCUUGUCUCAAGUGGUUGGCUUGAUCAGUGACAGUUGGUCAGAAAGAUAGCUUUGUACGGGAUACUUGAUAGUUCUAGAACUGGUGUGGGGAAGGUGUUGUCCUCCAAAUGCUAUUGGACUCAAACUCCCAUCAGCUUUGAUAGGAGAUGAUGGGAACUGUAGUCCAGAAACACUGGGGGGGGGGGCACAUCUCUCCCACCACUGUGCCAAAGGCUGGUUCUCAUAUGUAUUAUAAUGCUUGAUGACUCACCUCUUGAAGACUCAUCGUUUCAAUGAGUUGCAGGAGUGCUGAGCAUGGUCAUUGGAGCUCAUGCAUUGGAGCCCAUGCAAGGCAACGUGGGCUUUCUCUCAGUGGCAGCUCGUUCACACAUUGAACUCGUCACUAGAGGGACAUACGUGUGGGGAACUAGUCUGAAGGUUCUUUGAAUCAGAUGCACUCUGCACUUGUGAAAUAAGAUCUCACACACCCACACAAGGGGGAACAGAUUUAACUUUUAAGCAGUUUUUACAAAAUCUGUUCCUUAGCUGUGGAGUGAUUUUGCUUUGAGUUGAUCCUUCGUCAGCAAGGGAAUGGUGAGAAUUUGACUUUCCACACUUUGCUAGCCCAGAAGGAAAGCUACAGAAGACAAGGGGCAACCUUUGGGCAUUUUUAUGAGACCAGAUUUCAUUUAUAUGGGAAGGAAAAUCUUGCAAAAGCAUAGUUAAGACCCAUUGAUUCAAAUGAGAGAAAUUAACGCAGCAAUUUUAUGCACAGUUCCUUGGCAAUAAGCCUAAUUAGUUAGCUCAGUGAGACUUCUCCAUUGGCAUGCCUAAAAUUGUACUAUUAAUCUGGUGUUUAAUUCUCCCACUGAAACUCAUGGAAGUGCUUUCAGGGGGGCCAGAUUGUGCUUUUAAUUUCCUGCAUUAAUUUUUUGCUUUCUCUCUCAUAUCAUGUGAUUCAUGCACUGAUGAUCCAUUGAUGAACAGGCUGCCCUAUGUGAACCCAUUAUGUAAGUGACAGGAAAGGCUUUUUCCUGGGUCAGCCUUGGAUAGAUGGAUCAAAUUGUCCUAGCCAAGUUGCUCCAUCGUGAUUGACUGAUGGCAAGUUCAAUGUUCGGAAGUAACCUGCAAAAGCUCCGGGUGGAUUGUUGAACGGUGGACUUCAUGAAAAGAUGGCCGAAUAUGAGAUGGACUUGGCAGGUUCAGCUUGGAACUUUUUUGGUCAUACAAUCAGAGAGCUUGGAGAGGGCCUCAAAGGGCUUCUAGUACAACAUGGAGCUAUAAUACAUCUGAAAAGACAAACAUCGAUCAUGUCUCCAGGUUUUCCAGGCAGCAGGAGAUCCAGUUAGAGGGGGUGGAGAAACUUGAUUCUGAUGGCAGUUAAAAUUAUAAGUUUUUCUGAUCAUCUCUGCUGUAGCUUUCUAUUGCUUCAGGCACACCUUGGUGACAAUUCUUGCUUUGGCAUCUUCUUCUUCUGAUCAUCUUAGAAAUACAGGGGGUUAGGAAUAAAAAGGAAGCACCACACACACAAAAAUGAGGUGUGUGGGGGUUCAGGUUGAGGAGGUGCUGCUGGAAAUAUCACACAGGGAACAACAUGCCAAGUAAGAACAAGACAAAAUGUUUUUGUCUGCAACAAAAUGCUGCUGCUGCUGCUGUUCAGGAUUCCAGCCUUCCCAUUUGUCCCUCCACUGGUUUUUCCAUGUUUUCAUCAACAGUGAGUCAAAAGAGAGUCAGCAUUCUGUGGCCACUGAGCAUGCCUGGUCUUCGUAGGAGGGGCUGUAGGUUGGGGUUUCUCCCUGUAGGUUUCCCCCUAAAAACAUUUGCAAUUUUUGCAGAUUUUGAGGUUUCCCAGAGCCUUGUGCUAUUUCUCUUUAGUGUGCUUUGGUGCUGCUUUGGCUAAAUAAGGAAUGGCACUCACAGCAUGAAGACUGGAACUAAAAGGAACAAAUAGACAUAUAGGAAGCCUCCUUGUACCAAAUUGGAACAUUGGUUUGUCUAGCUCAGUAUUUUCUCCAAGAAGUAUGGGGAACCUCUGGUUCUCCAGAUGCUGCUGGACUACAGCCCCAGUAAGCAUGGCCACCUGAUCUAUAAUAAUGUAAUAAUUUAUUAUUUAUACCCUGCCCAUCUGGCUGAGUUUCCCCAGCCACUCUGGGCAGCUGUUGAUCUACAGUGAUCAACAGCAGCUAUCCAUAAUAGUUUCACACAAGGGUCUUUCCCAACUCCACCAGGAGAUGUGGAUAGAAGGAACCAUCAAUUUUUGUUCUCAGUUUCUUAUUUUGCCAGUCUUAAAUUCAGUUCACCACAUUUUGCAGCAAUUUGCAUAUUAAAAGAACACUCAUGAAAAUUCAUUAGCAUUUUAGCGCAUUUUUUUUCUAUAAACACAUUUUUAUAUGCAGUUUUGACAUAUUUUUGCAAGCAAUCUCACCAUAUAUAAUGCACUUUUAAAUGUUAUUUUCAACAAUAUAUUUAAUUUUAUGCAUAUUUUCUCCUUAAAUGUGCAUUGCUUACUUGGAGCACUACAUUGCGAAGCUUAAGUGUGAAGAGAUGGUUGUGUUUCAAUUCACAUAAUGUGUAAACAGGAUAGAUUUAGCUUUACAUGUGUACUGAAUCAAAAUUCUCCUCCAUCCCUACCUGGUGCUGUCUGAGCUAUGGACCUUCCCCAAAGGAUAGCAAAAAUAAGGACAAACCGUUUAUUCUAAACCAUGCUCUCUUGGGGAGAGAGAGAGAAAGAGAGAGAAGUAAAUAAACUGUGCCUUUCUCAGAGGCAUACUGUACGUAGAGUCCCUUGUGCCCUUGGCAAGGAGCUAUAUUGUCCCCUGAAAACUACACUUUACUGCAAUAGAAUUGAGCAAUUACUACAUUUUACAUGACCCAAGUGCUCAAAGCAUCCAGAGUGAGGGCAAGGUGAAGUAGAAGGGCAGAUAAAAUUGCGUGUUUUUGUGCCAUGGUGUGAGAAAGACAGAAAGCUUCCCCCACAUUUGAUCUUGCUGCAACAGCAAUGGCACAGCACCACACACAUAAAUGUCCUACACCCCAUAGUUUGAUAGGUGAUUUUUGCACACCUUGCCCUGGGCUUGCACCCUUGACAAGGGUUUUGACAGCCCCUAGGUACUUAUCUGGCCUUUCUGUAACAUAAGGAGCAAUGAUGAGAAAAUGGAAAAACUCCAGCUAGUGAACUCACUGGCAUUUAUUUUUGGCUAAUGGAAUAUCCUCCAUUAGUGGGGAGGGUGGGGGAGUGGAAAGAAAGACAACAAAAACACUGUUCACAUGGUGUGUGUCUGGGGUUUGCUUUGUCAUCAUUCCAGGAAAAUAAGAAUGAAGAGGCAGCUCAGCAACACGGCAAUGAGGAGGAGGAGGAGGAGGAGGGAAAGAAAGAAAUGGGCAAGAAAACCUGGGGCGAUAUGGCCAAGGAUAUGAAAAUCUUCCUUUGGAAUCCUGAGACAAGGCGGUUCAUGGGCAGAACAGCUCAUAGCUGGGGUAAGUCCAUCAUUUCCUCCCACCCCAUCUGAAACGGGAGGCAACCGUAGCAGGAUGUGGACAGAGGAAUAAAUGCAGGAAAGCCUUGCGUUGAUAUCAUUUGCACCCUCUUAGGCUUGGCUACUGUUGGGAAUCAUGGACUGGUGCCAAAGAUGGGGGUAAAGAAAUGAAGGUGGUAUGAAGGGAAAUGGAAUUGCAGAGGCUGUUUUGGGAGGCUGUUCCAAGCCACAAUGGUCAGUGAAAGAGGCAGGGCAGAGUCUUGUGAAGAAGCAUGAGAGCUUUCAACGUCUGAGGCUGAUGUGGAGUUGAGUCUGUGAAGGUCAUGGCAGGGAUGUGUCGGGGUUUAAGGGCGAUACGAGAAGGGCUUUGAAGUUAUAUAGCAAGGAUGGGGACCCUGAAAACUUUAGGGUGGCCAUUUAUUUAUUCUGCCCCCAAAGGCAAAAUGAACCUAUAAUUGCAUGUGGUAGUGCUAAAUGUACAAGCUACGAUUUCUGGUGUUCUUAUACCCUACAACAUUUAUCUAAUGAAAAUAGGGAAGUCCCUUUCCAUAAUGAAAAUUUUACUAUUUAUACCCCACCUAUCUGACUGGGUUGCCCCAGUCAUUCUGGGAAGCUUCCAACACAUUUAAAAACAUAACAAAACAUUAAACAAACUUCCCUAUACAGGAUUGCCUUCAGACGGCUCAGUGGGCCGGAUAACUCCAUACCCUCCAACAUUUCUCCAAUGAAUAUAGGGACGUCCUAAGGAAAAGUGGGACAUUCCAGGAUCAAAUCAGAAACUGGGACUGCUUCUCUAAAUCAGGGAUGUCCCUGGAAAAUAGGGACACUUGGAGAGUCUGGUGUUGUACUUCCACUAACAGAGGCAGUAUGCCUUUGGGUACCAGUUGCUGGGAGUCACAGGUGGGCACAAUACUGUUACCUUCAAGUUUUGUUUGCAGGCUUCCAAUGAGCAUCUGGUUAGACACCAGGCUCUUCUUAUAUAUAUUGCCACAGUCUUCCCCACUACUUUUCACAAUCCUAUGUAGAUCAACUCAAGGAAAAUCCUUUUAUGUUUGGAAAGAGGCAAGGUGGACAUCCAUUUGCUUUGGAUGGCAAUAAAUUCUGGGCCAAUUUUGACAAAACUGGGAGUGAUCCUGCUUCCUAAAGGAAUUAUAUUAGUGAUGAUUACCAUGUUGAAUAGAAGAUUGUGAUCAGCGAUGGCUGGUGCCCAACUGAGUGGAGCAGAAGACAGGGAGGCCAACAGAAGGUGGAGCCAGAACCAAUGACAGGCAGAGCCCAAUCAUUCUUAUUUUGUCCCCAUCCUCCUCCCUGCUGAGUUUACAAGGACGAAUGCUAAGACUAAGGAAGAGGAAGUAAGCAGACAAUGCUGCUUCCUGGACUGGUUGUAAGUAAGAAGGCAGGCAAGUAGCCAGGCCAUGACUUGUGGGGCAGUGCCCCAUUUGCCCUAAUGAACCAGCCUCUACUGAUUCUAGUACCCACAUGGAUGGAUUCCCAGGCUGCUGGAAGGGGCAGAACCUGGUAGUAUGGUACCCAGGUAGUGAAGAGCUCAAUUGGCUAGAGUGUGGUGCUGAUAGCACUAAAGUUGCAAGUUCAAUCCCCAUAUGGGACAGCUGCAUGUUCCUGCAUUGCAGGGGGCUGGACUAGAUCAGCGUUUCCCAAACUUGAGUCUCUCCAGCUGGUUUUUUUGAACUACAGCUCCCAUUACCUGUAGCUAGCAGGACCUGUGGUCAGGGUUGAUGGGAACUGUAGUCCAAAAACAGCUGGAGACUCAAGUUUGGGAAACACUGAACUAGAUGAUCCUCAGGGUCCAUUCUAGCUCUACAAUGCUAUGGUUUUAUUUGCCAGGCUAAAAUUAGACACCCACACCCUUGGGGUGCCUUUGCAAUGCCAGCUAAGCAAGGCUCCGGAUUUUGGGAAGGAGGCACUAGGCUUUAGACGUGGGUGGCGCUGUGGGUUAAACCACAGAGCCUAGGACUUGCUGAUCAGAGGGUCGGUGGUUUGAAUCCCUGCAAUGGGGUGAGCUCCCGUUGCUCGGACCCUGCUCCUGCCAACCUAGCACUUUGAAAGCAUGUCAAAGUGCCAUUAGAUAAAUAGGUACCGCUCUGGCGGGAAGGUAAACGGCGUUUCUGUGCGCUGCUCUGGUUCGCCAGAAGCGGCUUAGUCAUGCUGGCCACAUGACCCAGAAGCUGUACGCCGGCUCCCUCGGCCAAUAAAGCGAGAUGAGCGCUGCAACCCCAGAGUCGGUCAUGACUGGACCUAAUGGUCAGGGAUCCCUUUACCUUUUUAGAGCCCUCAAGCCUCCUUCCAAAAGCUAGGUAAACACUGACUAGGCCAGGGGUCAGCAAACUUUUUCAGCAGGGGGCCGGUCCACUGUCCCUUAGACCUUAUGGGGGGCUGGACUAUAUUUGGGGGGGGGGAAUGAACGAAUUCCUAUGCCCCACAAAUUACACAGAGAUGCAUUUUAAAUAAAAGGACACAUGCUACUCAUGUAAAAACACGCUGAUUCCCAGACCAUCUGCGGGCCAGAUUGAGAAGGCGAUUGGGCCGGAUCCAGCCCCCGGGCUUUAGUUUGCUUACCCAUGAACUAGGCUUUGGGAAGGAGGCAGAAAGGUAAUCCUUUAGCUCCUGUGCCCUUUGUGGUGGAACUGGUUGCACUGCCCUCAAUCCACCACCGCUGCUGGUAAUGGGUGUUGGAUUUUAUGACAUUUAUUUUCUGUUCCCCCUGCCCAAGGCUUGCAGGGCAAUGAACAUUCCCCUCAGCAUUGGGGAAAAAAAUCCACGAUCCUCUGAGGUAGAUUAGAACAAGCAGCAGAGAAUAAUCCAAUGACUACCCAGUGAUGUUCGUGAAGUGAUUCAAAACCAGGACUCUCAGGGUUCAUUCUGACACUCUAGCCAGAAUGCUACACUGUCUUUCAAGGCAAAUUGGUGAAUGAGAGAGAGAGAGAGAGAGAGAAUUUGGGUGCAGGUUCCAGAUCCGAGGGAAUGCCAGAAUUAGCACCAAUUAGCUUGUCCUCGUGAAUUAUUAAAAAUGUUUUAAAAUAAAGAAAAGAACAAUCACAGUUCCUAUUGCCUUUUGCGUUGAUGCUUUUCUAUGCUCCAAGAAGGGUUUCUCGCCCUCCCCACCCUUGCUGGCCCCUCGCCAAAGCCACUAACAGGCCCAAAUUAAGUUUGCUGUACUCCCAGCCCGCCCCAGUUUGUUCUCAGACCUAAAAGUUCCUCUCAGCAUAAAAGCCUCAGGAACGUGGAGGUGAAAGGGCACAUCUGCAUUCUCAAAGAUUUUCCUGAAACUGGACUUGGGCUUUUCCUGGGAAAUAAACACACAGAAAUAGGUUGGGUUAGAAGUUUGCUUCAGUAUCAUUAUUAUUUCUAAAGCCCCUGGGAUUUGUUCUCUUGAGACAAUCUGUCCAUCAUCUUAGGUCUCUGGUCAGGACAGAGCCUAAAGGCAAACAGGCAUUUCUGUGCUGUAACCACACGUCUAUUUUUAGGGAGGGCUCAACACUUGAGUUUUUGAGGCUGGGUCCCUGGUCUCCUGACCCUUUCUCCUUUUGAGGAAGGGUUGUAGCUUAAUUGCGGAGUAUCUGCUUUGCAUGCAGAAGGUCCCAGGUUCAAUACGCAGCAACUCCAGGUAAGACUAGGAGAAAACCCUGAUUGAAACCUUGGCAAACUGCUUCCAGUCAGUGCAGACAGUACUGAGCUACACACGCUACACUUGAUCUUAGCCAACAAGCUAAAUGGAUGUAAUUGUCUGACUCAGUAUAAGGCACCUUCCUAUGUUUUAAAGAACUUAUUUUUAAGAAAUUUGCUGACAUGCGGCAAGGCAUGGGGCAGUAAGAUCCCCGUCACUACCAUUUUAAUUUGCCCAGAGGUACUUUACACCUGUAUGCAAAUUUGUGACAAUGGGACUGCGCAUAGAGUUCUUUAAGUACCUAGCAAACCCCCUGAUAACAUCAGGGAAGAGCAUUUCAUACCAUGCACCCCAAAUUAUUUUCUUCCACAUGCCUUAGGUUUGCUAAGCAAAUGUGCCUUGAGUACUGUUGCUGUUGUUUAGUCAUUUAGUCGUGUCCAACUCUUCAUGACCCCAUGGACCAGAGCACGGCAGGCACUCCUGUCUUCCACUGCCUCCCGCAGUUUGGUCAAACUCAUGCUGGUAGCUUCGAGAACACUAUCCAACCAUCUCGUCCUCUGCCAUCCCCUUCUCCUUGUGCCCUCCAUCUUUCCCAGCACCAGGGUCUUUUCCAGGGAGUCUUCUCGUCUCAUGGGGUGGCCAAAGUACUGGAGCCUCAGCUUCAGGAUCUGUCCUUCCAGGGAGCACUCAGGGCUGAUUUGCUUCAGAAUGGAUAGGUUUGAUCUUCUUGCAGUCCAUGGGACUCUCAAGAGUCUCCUCCAGCACCAUAAUUCAAAAGCAUCAGUUCUUCGGCCAUCAGCUUUGAGUACUGCCUGAUCCAAAUUAAUAGCAAUGAUAAUUUAGAAUUACCAUCAUUCUUAUUAUCACCUCUCAAUUACCAACCUACUUCCAUGCAUAGUGGGGAAGCAUUACUUUAUAUAUAUUUUUUCCAUUUUAUGCUUCUCCUUCUACCACCCACAACAACCCUGCGAGGGAGGGAAGUUAGGUCAGGAAGUAGAAACAGCCUCAGGCACCUAGGGAGCUUUAUAGUUGAGUGGGGAUUUGAACCUACCGUAGGUCUCCGAGGUCCUGGUCCAAUACUCUAACCACUACACACUACAGUAACUCUGGAAACACGAAAUGCAGCACCCUCAUUACCUUAAACAUAUAUCUAUAUCUAUCGAUCUGUCUAUCAAUCUUAUCUCCUUAAAGGCAUGCAUCAAUAUUGCUUUUCAUUCUAGUUGGCACCCCAUCACCCAAUAAAAUAAACACCCUCCUCAACCACACUAUCUGCAUCUUAAUGCGGGAGCAAAUAGGGGCAGAGGGAGCUGCCUUGUACCUCAGACCAUUGAUCCAUCUACCUCAGUACUGUCAGCAGUGCCAGGGGUGCCAUCUCACCCUCCGGGUUGUGGGUGCCUGCCGCUGUAACAUGGACGUGCGAUGUCACACGCCUGCCCUUAGAAGAGAAGGGGGGCUCCCCUCCUCCUCUCCACAGCCAGUGAGACACCCUUUUCUCCGGGGAAGGGCCUGGACUCGGGGGCAGACUCUGCCUCCACGUCUGAGCCCCCUCUUUGCAAAGGGCGACUUGCUGGCUGGCUGUGGAAGGUGGAGCUGAACUGCUUCUCUCUCAGAGGUAGCGCCACAGAAGUUGACUGGCUGUGUCCCUCCAGCUUUGCUCAUUGACUUUGUGGGUGCCCAGCCCCCACAAUUAUAUUAUUGUGAAUGCCCAAGCUCCCACAGCCCCCUGGAGUUGGCUCCUAUGGCCUGUACUGAUUGGCAAUGGUUCUCCAGAGUUUCGAACAAAUAUUUCUCCCAACCCUGUCUAGAGAUUAUUGACCUGGGACCUUCUUCAUGCAAAGCAGGUGCUUGACUAUUGAGCUACAGCUCCUUUACAAAGUACCAGGGGGCAGCUGAUCAAGUCCAGCAUCCUUUUCUGUAUGCCUGGAUAGAGAGCCUUGCUGCCCCCUACUCUGUGGGACCAGCAUAAUUACUGCUGCUUCUUCAUACAGGUUACCUCUUACCUCCAUGGGAAGUCAACAGCGUUUUGUAUUUUCUUGUCUUGCAGGCCUGAUACUCUUAUUUUACCUCGUUUUGUACUUGUUCCUGGCUGGGAUGUUUGCAUUUUGCAUGUAUGUGAUGUUAAUGACUCUGAGCCCCUAUACACCGAAGCACAGGGACAGAGUUGCUCCACCAGGUAAAUUAUAUAUACUUGAACUCAGAUCGCUGUAGCUCAGUUGCCUCUGAGCGCAGCUUGCUAGGCUCAUGGAAUUUAUAUCAACCCUACGUAUGUUGGUGGUGGUGAUGCACCAUGUAUAUCCCAGGCGCAUGAGACCACCACCUUGCUGAAGCUAAGCAGAUCUGGGGCUGACCAAUGCCUGGAGGGCGGGUGACUACCUAGGGACCACACGUACACCACAUUGGGUUCUAUACCAGAAGAAAGGUGUGGGAUGUUCAUGUUAGAAAGGAAGGCCCCAUCUGCACUAUGCAUUAAAAGCAGUAUCAUACCACUUUGACAGUCAUGGCUUCUCCCAAAGAAUUCUGGGGAUUUUAGUGUGUUAACUGUUCUGGAAGUAUGUAGGAGACAAAUCCCUGUUUCUGGGAAGAAGAGUUGACUGAUAAACCCCCCUGGGGAUUGCAACUGAGAGUUUUUGGGAGGCCCUAUUCCCCUCUCAGUACCAGCAGAAAGCCUAGCAUCUGGUUUGGGGCUAUUGUUACAUCCUUGGAUAGUUUCUGAGGGCCUGCCUCCUGCGGUGGGGUGGGGUGGCCAUUUCACAGUUGUCCCCUGACCCUCCACUGCUGUUCUGCAUGGGGUUGUGCCUCUGAAUACCAGUUCCUGGGAAACAUGGUUGGGAAGAGUGUGGUGUUCUCAGGUCUGGCUUGUGGGUUUCCCAGGGGCAUCUGGGUGGCCACUGUGAGAACAGGAUGCUGGCACAGAUGGGCCUUUGGCCUGAUCCAGCAGCCCACUUCUUGCAUUCUUUUGAGCUGAGGAGCUAUAGUAUAUCCACUGCAACCUGCUGCCCAAAUGUGCAAGGCAGGGGGCGGCCGUGGGUCCUUGCUGCCAUUGUUACCCCUUUGCUUCCUCUGGUGCUUGAGCAAUGAACAGCUAUGGAAGAAGGAGCAGCAUCCUGCUCUCUCGCUCUGGAUGGUGGGUUCAGUUGAGAGAGCAAAGGGAGGAGGAAAGGAGGAACCACCACAACUAUAGGAAGCGGUGCUAUAGAGAUGGGGCAUCAAAGGGCAGGGAAAGCCCAUCAGGGAACUUCUUGCCAACCUCUGUUCAAUUAAAAAAAGCUCCAUUUUGGAUUCACACUUCCGUUUUCUGGCGUUUUCUGUUGCAGGAGUUAUGAUUAGACCACACAUUAGCAGCUCAGUCAACAUUGCGUUCAAACCCGCUGACGCCGAUUCGUGGCAGAAAUAUGUGGAUAACCUGCAUGCGUUCCUACAAGGUGGGAUUUCUGUUUUGUUUUUUUUUUGUGUUUUUUUUGUAUAUUACUAACACCCUGUCCCCCCCAACUCCAUAUAAAUUAGCCAAUCUUUUUUUAAAAAAAAUGUUUUCUAUUAAAAGAUUUUCCAUAAGUAACAAAAGUACAUUCAGUGUCUCUGUUUUUAAAUUGUAAGAAUCCUUCAUACAGGUCAAUUACAGUCAGUUUGAGACAUUUUUGUUGCAGGCAAUAUGGGGUUGAGGGGGAAAGAGAAGUGGGGAUAGAGAGAGAGGAGGAAAUAGAAAAAGAGGGAAAAGAAGGGGGAGGAAGAGGAUAAAUUAGCCAAUCUGAUGAAGUCAAACUGGGAAGAAGAAUCGUUAGUAAUGACAUUCAAGUCAUGUGACUCAGCCAACCUGUAGGAAUCCUAUGUACCUGAAAUAUAUUCAGAGUUGCUGACCCAUUAGUAGUUCAGCGGGGCUCCGGCCAGUCGUUGAGCUGGGGGUGCUGUGCUGUGCUAGAAGGAAUGUGGCAAGGCGGUACUCCCAAUCCCCUUGCGUCAUGCGGCGGAGGGUGUCCUUGGUGGUCCGCACCAGGUUGAACGGCGAGAAGCUGCUGUCGGUUGCCAUUCUGAGUUCCUUGUGUCCCGGAGCUGAAGCCUGGAUACACGGUGCGAGGCAGCGGUGCGGCAGGUGGCGGUGCUGUGGUGCUGUGUGUGGCAGUCAGCUCAGCGGGAUCCCAUCCCCGUCGCCAGUGAAAUAUACUCAGAGUCGCAAAGUGAUUUCAUGCUCUUUAUUCAGCUUAUAGUGGUGAGGAGGAAUGGAAGUCCCCUCAAAGUAUCUGCUUUAUAUACAUUAUUUACACAAUGGGCUGCACGUGAUUGGCUAAUUCCGGACUUCUCCUGUAAGCCAAUCAGGUUGUGGAUUCACUUCUAUCUGGAGCUGGAUAGGGUGGCUCCUGCCGACCAAUCAUACUGCUGCAUUGUUCUAGGACCAAUCAGACUGCUGCAUUUUGGAUCCUAUUCAACUCAGUACAUAACAGUACCCACUGGCCCUGCCUACCACUGGCACGUGGCCUUUGGAAACAGAGGCAGAUUUAGGGCAGCACAACUGGUUCAUCCACCCUGGACGGCAAGCCAUUAGGGCCCCACAGGGGAUGCUGCAGCAACAAUGUAGGACGGAAGGCGAGAAGCAGAGGGUGCUGAAUUUUGGCAUUGUACAGGGUGCUGCUGAAUUUUGAAAUCCCAAAUUCUGCCACUACUUGGAAGGAUAACCAAGUGAAUGUGGAGCCCUUUGGACCUAUCUGCCUCCUGUAGCAAGAGAAAACGUUGUGGUGAAAGACAUACGGAAUAUUAACGUUCUCUGUAUUAUUACCUUUAGAUUAUGAUGACAAAGUUCAAGAAGAGAAGAACAUUAAAUGCAAUGAAGGCAAUUAUUUCAUCCAAGACGAUGAAGAAAGUGGCCUGAGAAAAGCUUGCCAAUUCAAGCGAUCCGCAUUAAAUGCUUGUUCUGGAAUAGAUGAUCCAUCGUUUGGCUAUUCAACAGGACAACCUUGCAUCUUGCUGAAGAUGAAUAGAGUAUGUUCCCUGGCUUACUUUUUAUUUCUUUUUAUGUAUCCUGGAAUGGGAGAGGUGUAUGCUCACAUACAUUUGGUUAAUGAAGAAACAAAAAAUUGCUUUGCUGGUCAGAAAAAUACCGUAUUUUUUGCACCAUAACACUCACUUUUUUUCUCCUAGAAAGUAAGGGGAAAUGUCUAUGCGUGUUAUGGAGGGAAUGCCUACGGGUGGCGGGGGGAUCUGCUGCAGUCGUGAGCAGAGGAUCCAUGGUUCCCCUUCCUUCCUUCCUCCGUGGCUCGCUUUGAAACAGCAAAGCGGGAGAAGAGCCGCUGAGUGGGGAGGAGAGAGGGACAGAGAGCCUGCUUCUUUAAAGGAGCAAAGCGGGAGAGGAGAGGAGCCGCUUACACGAGUGUAAGCAGCUCUUGUCCAGUUGGUUCCUUUAAAGCAAGCAGGCUCUCUGUCCCUCUCUCCUCCCCACUCAGCUCGCUACAUAGCAGCAAAGUUUUUCAGCUUGCUAAGCCGGGGAUGAGCAGGGAGGAGGGAGAAAAGCAGAGCCUGCUUGCUUUAAAGGAGCAAAGUGGGAGAGGAGAGGAGCCUUCUCCCCUUAUACCCCUCUUCUUCAUUAUUAGCAGCAUCCUUCUCCACCCACUCCACACGUGCUCCUUGUCCCUUGAGUGCUUUCCCUUCCCUCCCCACUUAAAACAUGGUUACAAAGCACGGAUCCACAUGGAUCCUCAGGAUUUUUGCAUUGGGCUACUCCAAACUCAGAUCACAUGUCUGUGGCCACAGCAUGAACCACAAAAAUCAUACAUCCACUGUUUCGUUUAGAAUAUUUUUUUUCUUGUUUUCCUCCUCUAAAAACUACAUGCGUGUUAUGGUCGGGUGCGUGUUAUAGAGCGAAAAAUACAGUAAGUCUUUUGAAAUGGCAUGCUGUUUGCAGUGGUGGCCAAUUUUUGUUCAGAUCAAGAUGACAGCUGCCUCCUAGAAUACACAUGUUUCUGACUAUGCAGGUUUGAUUUAACUCUCAUAGUUCAUGGUUGUGUUAGUACACUAUCCUCUUAGUGUAGGGAUGGGGUUCCUGUGGCUAUCUAGAUGAUUCUGGACUACAGCUUCCAUCAUUCCUGAACAUUGGCCAUGCUGAUUGGGGCUGAUGGGAGUUGGAGUUAACUAACAACACUAUUGGUUCCCCUCUUAGUGAUUAAAAACUGUUUGUCUCAUAUCUGCUUAUUUGCUUUGAAUCAUAGCACAGUAAAUUUGUGUGAGAGGUGCAACAUAUUUCAUUUAAAAUGCUUCUAAUUUUUGGUAAGAAGUGAAGAGAAGGAACAUUACUCUUUGCUGGGCUCCUGUUUUAUUAAAUUGAUUUAAAUGAAUGUACAUUGUGUGAUCCUGACACAUAGUGGCGAUUAAUGUUGCUUUCAUAAGCUUGCCUGUUCUGGACAUUUCACUGAAACCAUUGGAUUUGCUUCCCAGUAAAUGCACUUUGGAGGAGGGCAUUAGGCUGUUCUCAAAAUUGGCGGUGUGGUUAUGGGGUUGGGAAAGCCCCAAGUCAUGGAUCUACAUCAUAAUUUGUUGCAGGGAAUUUAAAAAGAAAGAAAUCUUUUUAGUUGCACAUAUCUGAUAAACAGAUUUUUUUUAAUCAAAUCACCAGCUGAUUAAAAUGUGUUAUACUGGGUGUUAUACUAGGGCUGUUACUUCACUAAAUGGAUUCUCAGGUUCAUGUGUGUUGUGUUGACUGCUCAAUAGUCAAAAAUACUUCUUGGACUGGUUUGCAUAUAAUGCUAAACCAUGACUAAGUGUUAUGUGUAAACCCUACCUAGCAGCUUAACCAAUCUGAUACCAUGGUUUGUUAAUGGCUAACAAACCUUGGUUUGUUAUAACUGUGGCUUGGCAUUUUGUGUAAACCCUGCACCCUUCCUUAACCAUGAUUUGUUUGCCCACAUGGUUCCAGAUGGUCACUAAACUAUAAAGGCAUGAGGCGAAAACAACUGGGAAACAUACAAAACGUUCGAGAAAAGGCCCAUCCUUUUAUUGUCUGGGAGACAACUCAUGGUUUGCCAAACAAACUAUGGAAUACUUUUAUGUGCGAACCAAGGCAAUGUAUUAUAGCUGUGUAUCCUCCUGUGCUUUGCAGACCUGCUGGAACCAUAUAGCAAAAUAGGACUUCAUCUUAAUCAUAGGCUACCUUUUUUGUUUUUAAUUCAAAGAUAAUUAAAAAUACUGUCUUUUGUCAUAGAUUGUAGGUUAUAAGCCUGGUUAUGGGAAUCCAGUGACUGUGAGCUGCAAUGUACACGUGAGUCCUUUUCCACCUGAUUGUAUUGCUUAUUGCAGGGCUGGCAUCAGCACCAUGAAUCCAUACUGUGUUUAUCUUACUCAUGCCCCUAUUUUUGUUAAUGCAGAAAGGUGAUGCGGCGGAUAUCAAGACAGUGGCUUUCUACCCAUCUUCAACAUUUGAUCCCAUGUACUUCCCUUACUACGGCAAGCACACACAUGUAAGUAGAAAUGCAGCUGUUGGGCAAGCGUGUCUUCCACUUGCCUGGCUUUAGCAGUUUUCCGGGUAGCAGAGAAUAAGAAGAGCAGUUUUUAAACAGAAGAGGAGAAAGAGGUCCAAAGUAGGCAGUGGGUAAUUAGAGUUCUGAGAUAGCAGAAUUGAUCGCACCACUUCAGAAUGCAGUGGGUGGUGGGUCUCUUUUUUUUUAUGCUUCCACUUAAUGGAAGUGUAGCACAGCUUCUUCCUGAUGUGCUAGAGACCAUUUGGGGGUGCGGGGCUGGGGACAGGGAUUCUUUAUUUAAUGUCGGAGAAACAUUCAACAGUGGCAUACCCACCUGUAUUCUGAAAUGGCACAGUUUACAGAUGUGUUCUAUUGUAAGUCUAGACAAGGUCCUAAUCCCCUGCAGUUGAACGUGUAAACUGACACCAUUGUGACUUAUUGUAGUUGAGAGGAUGUGCCAAAGUCUGUGACUUGUUUGCAUGGUAGAUAUAUAUUAAAAACUUAGAAAGGGGGCAGCGUUCUGGGAAAAACUGACUUUGGUAAUCACACCCACCCUUGAACCCAAUACGUGAUUUUUGCAUUAGGUGCAGUUCCCGGAACGUAAUCCCCACAUAAGUUGUGGGCUUAUUGUAAAGCAGGGUAUCUUAGGGAGGGUGUAGGGCAGGCCAGGUGACACCUACACCUCUAUCCUCCAACACCUCACUGCUCUUUGCCAUUCUCCAGCAUCUGCCGCCUGAGCCAUAUGCUUCCCUCUGUCUAACGUUGGGACAGGCCGUGCCAGUAUACGCAAUGACGUAUCUAAUGCACUCAUUCCUUUAGUGUAAGGAUGUAUACUUACACAAUGGAACUCUCUUCCUUCUCCCCACCCCCUACACACCCCACAACACCCCCAGAUCUGCUUCAGUCUAUUGCACAAGGGUAAAUCCUUGUGAUGUAGGGACGCGGGUGGCACUGUGGGUAAAACCUCAGCGCCUAGGACUUGCCGAUCGCAUGGUUGGCGGUUCGAAUCCCCACGGCGGGGUGAGCUCCCAUCGUUCGGUCCCAGCGCCUGCCAACCUAGCAGUUCGAAAGCACCCCCGGGUGCAAGUAGAUAAAUAGGGACCGCUUACCAGCGGGAAGGUAAAUGGCGUUCCGUGUGCUGCGCUGGCUCGCCAGAUGCAGCUUGUCACGCUGGCCACGUGACCCGCAAGUGUCUGCGGACAGCGCUGGCUCCCGGCCUAUAGAGUGAGAUGAGCGCACAACCCUAGAGUCUGGCAAGACUGGCCCAUACGGGCAGAGGUACCUUUACCUUUACUUUUUAAAAAAAUCCUUGUGCUAAUAGAUUGAGUGCAUUAAAUUCCACUCUGUGUAUACCUUGGAAGUUGAACGGAAUCUGUUCCGGAAGUCCAUUUGACUUCCAAAAUGUUCAGAACCCAAAGUGCAGCUUCUGAUUGGCUGCAGGAAGGUCCUGCAGCCAAUCGGAAACCGCAGAAGCCCUGUUGGACAUUCGGCUUCCAAAAAUAGUUCGCAGACCGGAAGAGUCACUUCUGGGUUUGCAGCGUUCGGGAGCCAAAACAUUCGAGAACUAAUCUGUUCAAAAACCAAUGUACGACUGUACCUGUAUCUGGCUCACGCGACAUAUAUAUUGGAUUCAAGCCACAGAGCACUUCAGCUGACUUGCACCCUGUUUACGUUUUAGCCCAAUCAUUCCCCACCGAUCUAUUCUGAGCCAUCACUGGACAUUCCUAUUUCUCUCAUCUGCUUAUAUUUUUUCCAGGUAAAUUAUACACAACCAUUGGUGGGCAUUCAUUUUUCGGACGUGGCAAAGGACAAAGAGAUAAAUGUUCAGUGCCAACUGAACGGCAAGGGUAUCAUCAACAACUUCAACAGUGACCGGUUUCUGGGGCGAGUAGUCUUCAUGCUGAAAAUCACAACAUAGGCCAGAGCAGCAUUUGCUAUCGCUCUUCCAAUGGCAAGCAAAUCUUUCUCACCAUGGAGGAGGGAAAAGAAGAAGAAAUAGGCCAUUCACACAGACUAGGAAAAUUCAAACCUGAUUUGGGGGGGUUAUUUGGCUUUCAUAGCAAACAAAAAGAAAUAUGGAUAACUCAAAUCUAAAUCUAAGUAUAGAUGACGUAUUUUAAAACAUCCAUCCUGCGAGCAAAUGAACACAUGUCAUGUUGGAAAACUUUUAUUAAAACAUAAACACACACAAUGUAUUUAUGUUAGAUUUUUCACUGGCACAUCAACAAGUGUGGUAUUUGGUAUCAAGCAGGCAAUUUGGACUCUAAAAGGAACCAUUGCUAUUGUCACUCACCCCCACCCUCACUGGGCCCAGGCAGAUGCAAAUCAGCUGCUCAUCAAUUAACAAACACCCCAAGGUUAAUAUGUUGUAUGUGCACUUGAACUUGAGCAAGGGAGUCUGGAGAUUAUAUAAACCCUGGAAAUCUCCUUUCUGGAUAGUUGUGUGUGUAUUAGAUUAUUAAAAAGGCACCUGCUCCAAGACUCGCUGCUCAAAUGGAAUAUUCCAUGUCCACAACUCCUCUGUUUGAGGCAGGCAGUUCACAGACACACCAAUUUAGAAGUUAGAAAGUAUAAAUGUCAUGCUGAUGACUAUUGGCCUAUCUACUGAGACCUCCUGGCUCUGAUCUAGAACAGGGGAAAUACAGUGUGUUGGUUGCCUUUUGCUUUUCAAGCUCAGUUCUAAGUAGUGGCAAUGACCUCUAAACAGCCCUGGGCCCACCCUAGCCAAGAGAUCAUUUCCACCCCUACAUUUGCCUAUAGAGAGAAUGCUCUCAUUUAGCUUACUGUUUAUGUGCACUGUAAACACAAAGUGUACAUAGAAAUAAAUUACCUGGGUCUGCCCCUUGGCUCUGGUGUUCCCAUCCUCUGACAGCCCAUUGUAGCGCAAGCCAACGUGCUUUCUGUUAGUGCUGUAACACUGAUUUUUUUAUCCAUUUUGGCUGUGAGCAGCAAGGGCCAGGUGGUGGAUUUAAUCAGUGUAACUGGGAGUUUUGUUAUGAAUGUAUUUUCACUUCAACCCCACACUCUUUGGAAAGGGUGGACUAUAAAUCAAAAUGAAUUAGUAAAAAUCUUCAUAAUGUGCACUGA